GAGGGAAUUUGAGGCUUGUCCAACAACCUGUUUUUAAACAUUUCUUACAGGUCUAGCUGGCCAAUGCCGGGGCCGUCGUGGACAUCUGGUGGCGGUAGCAGCAGUGGUAGUGUGCAUGUGAGUGUGGUGCCUGGCGCCUAGCUCAUGUCCAGCCCAAAAUGCCGUCAUCCACACGGAAAGGGGUGCCGAAGGACCCUGAGCUGGCCAACCUCUUCUUCAAAGAUGACCCGGAGGAUGUCUUCUGUGACCUGCACGAAAUCGGGCAUGGCAGCUUUGGGGCUGUCUACUUUGCACGUAACUCCUACUCCAACGAGGUGGUGGCCAUCAAAAAGAUGUCCUUUAAUGGAAAACAGACUACCGAAAAGUGGCAGGACAUCAUUAAGGAAGUCAAGUUUUUGGGACAGCUGCGACACCCAAACACAAUUGAGUACAAAGGCUGCUACUUGAAAGACAACACUGCCUGGCUGGUGAUGGAGUACUGUCUGGGCUCCGCAUCAGAUUUACUAGAGGUUCAUAAGAAACCACUCCAAGAAAUGGAAAUUGCUGCCAUUACCCACGGUGCCUUGCUAGGAUUGGCUUACUUACAUUCCCAUAAUAUGAUUCACAGAGAUGUGAAAGCUGGUAACAUCCUGCUAACUGAGCUGGGUCUAGUCAAACUGGCUGAUUUUGGCUCUGCCUCCAUUGCCUCACCUGCCAACUCCUUUGUCGGAACACCUUAUUGGAUGGCUCCAGAAGUGAUUUUAGCUAUGGAUGAGGGCCAGUAUGAGGGGAAAGUGGACAUCUGGUCUCUGGGGAUCACCUGUAUUGAACUAGCGGAGCGUAAACCACCUUUGUUCAACAUGAAUGCCAUGAGUGCCUUAUAUCACAUCGCACAGAACGACUCUCCCACGCUGCAGUCAAAUGAGUGGUCUGAUGCCUUCCGGAGCUUUGUUGACUACUGCCUACUGAAAAUUCCUCAGGACAGACCCUCGUCAGGGGAGCUGCUACGACAUGAUUUUGUGCGCCGGGAACGCUCGCCGCGCAUUCUCAUCGACCUCAUCCAGAGGACCAAGGAUGCCGUGCGUGAGCUGGACAAUCUGCAGUACCGCAAGAUGAAGAAGAUUCUCUACCAGGAGAAGCACAACGGGCCCAUGGGCGAAAGCCAGGAGGAGGAGGAGGACAGUGAGGCAGCGAGCUGUAAGAUGAACAGCCUGGGCAGCAACCACUCCAUCCCCAGCACGUCGGUCAGCACAGGUAGCCAGAGCAGCAGUGUGAACAGCAUACAGGAGGUGCUGGAUGACAGCUGCCCCGACAUGACCAUGAUGCAGCCCCAGGACUACAGCACCCCCCUGGACUCUACAGCACACACCAAGAAGGACCAUCAGUAUAACUGGGAUGAUGGGAUACACAGAGACCACCGACCAGAGCUAAGACCGUCCUCCUCUGACCGAGGCAGCCAGGCACAAAACUACAAAAACCAGGGCCGCUUCGCCACCAUAAAGUCUGCAUCACUGGUGACCAAACAGAUCCAUGAGCAUGAGCAGGAGAGUGAGCUGCGGGAGCAGAUGUCGGGCUACAAGCGCAUGCGACGGCAGCACCAGAAGCAGCUGAUCGCCCUGGAGAACAAGCUAAAGGCCGAGAUGGACGAGCACCGGCUCAAACUGCAGAAGGAGGUGGAGACGCAGGCCAACAACGCCUACAUCGACCUGGAGAAGCUAGCCAAACGCCAUGCCGUGCAAACUGAAAAGGAGAUGAAGACUGCACUCGCGGACGAGAAGAAAUUCCAGCAGCAGAUCAUAGCCCAGCAGAAGAAGGAGCUGACCACAUUUCUGGAUAAUCAAAAGAAGCAGUACAAACUCUGCAAGGAGAAGAUCAAGGAGGAGAUGAAUGAAGACCACAGUACACCCAAGAAGGAGAAGCAGGAGCGUCUGUCCAAGCACAAAGAGAACAUGCAGCACUCCCAGGCCGAGGAGGAGGCUCAUCUUCUGGCACAGCAGAGGGUUUUCUACGAAAAGAACUGCCGCGCUUUCAAGCGCAAAGUCAUGAUCAAGAGGCACGAAGCGGAGCAGGAACAGAUUCGUGAGGAGCUGAACAAAAAGAAGACCCAGAAAGAGAUGGAGCACGCCAUGCUGAUCCGCCACGACGAGUCCACGCAGGAGCUGGAGCAGCGGCAGCUGAAGACCCUGCAGAAGCUGAGGAUGGACCUGAUCCGCCUGCAGCACCAGACCGAGCUGGAGAACCAGAUUGAAUACAACAACAGACGAGAGCGCGAGCUCCACCGCAAACACGUGCUGGAGCUCCGGCAGCAGCCCAAAAACCUCAAAGUGCUGGAGCUGCAGAUAAAGAAGCAGUUCCAGGACACCUGCAAGGUGCAAACCAAGCAGUACAAGGCCCUGCGCCACCACCAAAUGGAGGUCACUCCCAAGGCUGAGCACAAGACGGUGCUCAAAGCCCUGAAGGAUGAGCAGACACGCAAACUGGCCAUUCUGGCAGAACAGUACGAGCAGAGCAUCAACGAGAUGAUGGCCUCACAGGCACUGCGUCUGGAUGAGGCCCAGGAAGCAGAGUGCCAGGCCCUGAGGCAGCAGCUGCAGCAGGAGAUGGAGCUGCUCAAUGCCUACCAGAGCAAGAUCAAGAUGCAGACCGAAGCUCAGCAUGAGCGCGAGCAGCAGAAGCUCGAGCAGAAGGUGUCGCUGCGCCGGGCUCACUUGGAACAAAAGAUCGAAGAGGAACUGGUUUCUCUUCAGAAGGAGCGAACGGACCGGAUCAAACACCUGCUGGAGCGCCAGGAGCGGGAGAUCGACACCUUCGACAUGGAGAGCAUGCGCCUGGGCUUCAGCAACCUGGGCACCUUGGACUUUCCCAAGGACGACUACAGAUGAGGAGGGGAGGGGGUGAGAGUCCCCGGACGUCCAUCUUCCUCGGAACACCCCUCCUGUCCUUGGAGCUGACCCGGCCUGAUGGCGUUGGUUUUCACCGAAGCUCACAGUAACAGACGCCUCCAGAACCAGCGCUGGCCUUUCUGGGCCAGUCAGAAAGGGUCAGUGGCAGGCUUGGGAGCCCCCCCACACCCACCUAGACUUUCUCCCCCCUCUUGUGGCAUCACAAGAUGACAAAAAUAGAAAAAAGUGUCUGUAGUUGUCGUUUUUGUACGAUCAAUGAUAACAUAGUCCGUGUUUCUUGUGCAAUGAUAACACUUUUGAUGUGACGGAGUCGAAGAGGAAACCGAGGGUGGAUCUGAGAGAAAUCGCUCUGCAACCGUGCGUUUGUAGGCCGUUUCUUUUUUUUGUUAGUUUCUUUAUUUUCUUCUUCUUAAGCAGUGCAAAAAAAAAAUAAAUCUCUCAAGCGAUAAAUCAACCAACCAAUCCUUCCGCAGCCGUUCGUCUUUGCUGCUCCUUUCGAUGCUUUUUGGUGUUUAUUCACCAGGACGUUUUUAGGACAAAUUUUCAGUAAUUUGAUACUUUGAGACGAACCAACGUUCAUACAGGUACAGAUUUAAAACGUGACCCUUUCAGGUGAUUGUGAUGAAGCUGAUGCUGAAGCGCGGCACUCCAUGUGAUUUCACUGCACUGGCAGCAAACGUGAAACAUAAGAACAUGCGUGAACUCCCAGCUGGCACAAAGGGCUUCAUGGGGAGGGCGGGGGGACUUGUACUUUGUGUAUAGAUGGAUUUAUGGAGAGCGUUUACUUAUUUUCAUAUUGUAUUUUAACCGUCACACAAAUCAGAAAUAAUUUUAAAGACAGUUUUUGUCCUUUUCAGAUGGUAUUUGAGCUCCAGUCAUUCUUUACUUUGCUUUACACAACUCCCAAGCUGUGUAUUUUCUUACCGACCAGAUCAGUAUGAUGCUUUAUUAAUGCAUGCACUUUAUUUUUUUUUUCAGGUUUAAAAAAAAAGCAUGAAUC